GGAGGGAGCUUGGGCCUUGGAGCACCUUCCGCCAAGUCCACGGCUGCAUCGUGCCUCUCCGCAACUCUACCUGUGAUAGCCAACAUCCCCGCAAAUCAGCACUCAAAAUGUCCGCCCAAAACUCCGCGGGAAUUCAGACCCUGCUCGAUGCCGAACGCGAAGCUCAGAAGAUUGUCCAGCAAGCAAGAGAAUACCGUACGAAGCGAGUAAAGGACGCCCGAAACGAAGCACAAAAGGAAAUCGAGGACUACAGAAAAGAGAAGGAGUCCGAGUACCAGAAGUUCGAGAAGGAGCACAGCUCAGGCAACCAGAAGGCUGAAGAGGACGCGAAGAAGGACACAGAUGCCAAGGUCAAGGAGAUUGACGAGAUCGGCAACAAGUCUGGCAGCAAGGUCGUCGACCAGCUCAUCGAGGCCGUCGUAAACGCGCACCCCAAGCCACCGGGCAAGCAGGACUAGAGCACCAACAUGGAGGGUUAGACGAAGCGUGGAGUCGGACUGGUGCGAUGCUGUUGAGGAGACACAUGGGAAGAGCGCUCCUUGUACAUGAUCUUUGACGGGCCCGAGACAGUCAAGGUCGACCUGCGGCCUCGAACAUACCAACAAUAGACGAUAUGCUGCGAGUUUGGUGAAUGUAUUCCACUUCAAUAUGCCUUUGUCUUCCAGGCUUUGAUAGUCAAGUCGAUAUCUAUUCGUGAAAUGCAUUCAAAUCGUCCAAGGUCA